UUCUCAGGCGCCCUCUGUUGAGCGAAAGACAAAAUUUAUUUUUGAGGCGGAUAAUUUUGAUUGGCUGUUUGGGAUCAAGUUUUUAAAAAUUACCGUCGCAAAUUGAGGGUUAGGUUGUCGAAAAAAUGAAAAUAGAGACCAGCCUUGAAGAAAAAUAAUCCAACAGCUGAUUGCUGAUUGAUAUCAAGAUUGUGUGUUGUGUGUGUUCACGCCGGCGUCUAUGACAGUUUUUGUCUUGAUCAGUUUAAAUAAUUGACAGCGACAUUAAAAAUGGACGAUAUAGUUCUCAGGCUAUCUGACCAUGUAUUAGAAAUAAUAUUUUCAUAUCUAGAUUUAAAUACCAUUAGAAAUUGUUUAUUAGUUUGUAAAGCGUGGUAUAGAUUUUUAAACGAUGAAAACAAUGAAAUUUGGCGGAUGCACUGCAUUAGAAAAUUGGCCCAAGAAGCACUUAGCUCUGAAUUAUUGUCAUCAGUACCUACUUACAAAGAUAAAUUACGAGCACUUUAUCAUGCCUGGAAUCCAAAUGACUGUUCGAGAAAUAUUUUUAUCAAACCCAGUGGAUUUACUUUACACAGGAACCCAGUGGCUCAAAGUACGGACGGGUGUCGUGGAAAAAUCGGAUUCCGACAUGGACGUCAUGCUUGGGAAGUUAUUUGGGAAGGUCCACUUGGUACUGUCGCUGUAAUAGGCAUUGCUACUAAAGAAGCAUCGCUUAUUUGCCAUGGUUACGUAGCUUUAUUGGGGUCUGAUGAACAUUCUUGGGGAUGGAACCUUGUUGACAAUCACCUUUUACAUAAUGGUGAUGCGCAGGGAAAUUAUCCGUUGCUUAAUAAUGCUCCUAAAUAUCAGGUUGGUGAAAGAAUCCGGGUAAUACUUGAUUGUGACGACAAUACAUUGUCAUUUGAAAAAAACUAUGAAUUUCUCGGUGUGGCAUUCCGCGGAUUACCAGAUAAAAAACUAUUCCCAGCUGUUUCUGCGGUGUACGGUAAUACCGAAGUAUCAAUGGUGUACUUAGGUCCACCUCUCGAUGGCUAAUUACAAGAAACAUGUACAUUUAAAUUUAAUUAUUGCCAUUGUCAUUGUCACAGUUAAUUUACAAGAUCCACGGUGUUUAUAACAAAUUGUGAUACCGAGUGACUACGAUGGUUAUAAACAAAGUAAUUAUCAUCGAACCGUAUGUCAUUGCUCAUCGAGACCUUAAUUUUAGCAAUACUAUUAAAAAGUCAUUAAAUUCAAAUACUCAUUUAAAUUACUUCGUUUUGGAUUGUAUAUUAGAUAUAAAAAAUUUUUUGGAAAGGAGUAAUUUUUCCUAUUUAUAUUAAUCGUUUAUCUACGAUUGUUGUACAAAAAUGUGACUGCUGUUACUCAUUACGUCCUAAGUAUUUAUUUAUUUAUUUAACUUUGUAAAUAGUUUAUUUAUUUUAUACAAUACUCCAAUCAAAUAGUUGAAUUGUUUUCCGUAAUAAUGCCAAACUAUUCCUAUCACAUCACAAAUAAUGUGAUUAAGGAUAAAUUUGUUUUAGCUGCUGCAAUAUUUAAUUACAAUUGUACAUUACAAUUGUUUUUGAGUCUUUAUACUAAUAAGUCUAUGAAUGUCUAAAGUAACAAACAAUCGAUCGCAUACAAAAAAAAAAAAAGAAACUAAUUAAAGUACUAACUAAAAAUUUCCAUGUAAAUAUUUAUUAAUCUACAUAUAAAAUUAUGUAGUUUAGUAAGUUUUGUACAAAGUAGUGUAUAUAGCUUCCAUGAAUAUUGAACAAAGUAAAUGUCAUUUCAUACAGAUUAUUUUUACAUGGCUUUAAAAGAAAAUUAACGAAAAUAAUAAUGAAAAUAUAAAUAAAAAAUAAGGAAAACAAUUUAGGAUUUAAAGCAACAAGUUAAAUUAAAAAGACAAUUACUUAAAUAAAUUAAUUUUUAUUUUAUUGCGAUUAUUUAUCAUUAAGUGGAUAUUGUUUGUACACGUGCAAUUAGAUUGUUGGUAAUUUUUUAAUAGUUGAAUAUUUUUACGCUAGCGUCCAAUAAAAGACG